AAAAGCCAGUCUGCGGCUGCUGUUCCUGCGAGCCGAGCUGCACCCAGUAACAAGACACCAGCGGUGCUCCGUGUGCUGUACUGGAGAACAGGGAUCUGUCCCUGUUGGUCACUACAAAAGCUGCUGACUCGUGAACUGGACCUCUAACUCUGUAGGGACAACAGAGCCACAUUGGAGGGAAACACAGUGGGUAAUUCACCAUGUUCAAUCUGAUGAAAAAGGAUAAGGAGAGGGAAGGGAGUAGGAAGGAGAAAAAAGAUAAAAAGGAGAGGAUGUCUGCAGCAGAGCUGCGCAGCUUGGAGGAGAUGAGCAUGCGGCGCGGUUUCUUUAACCUGAAGAGGGAGGCCAAGCGUGAGUCCAAGAACAAACUGGAGAUCUCUAACCCCAUUCCCAUCAAAGUGGCCAGCAGCUCUGAGCUCACCCUCACUGACAUUGAGUCGGAUGGCUUGAGCAACAGGAGCAGCAUGGUUCUGGAUGAGCAGCUGAGUGCUGCCAGUUCCACUGAUGACCUGAAGGGUGAGGGUGGAGGAGGACAGGACGGACACCGCGGCUCAGUCAGAGAUCGCGUGGCUCACUUUGGUACGCUGGCCAAGCAGAACUCCUCGCAGACUGUGGGUCAGAUGAUGAAGCGCUUCUCCUUUUCCCAGAGGAGCAAAGAGGAGAGCCCCUCAGAGGGCUCCACACCUUCAGGCCAGAACUCUGCUGCUCCGUCCCCGCAGGUGGAGAGCAAAGUGUUCAGCAUGCUCCGCAAGCACAGCCUCAAGCAGCAGUCUGGAGCUCCAGACGACACCACCAAAAAAGUCUGCAUCCCCGAAGUGGUGGACAAGACCUUCCCUGCACAGCUGCAGCUCCCGGCCGUCGUCGAACCGAGCGCUCCGGAAACUCGUGAGCUGGAGCUGCAACGCCGCAACACCGGCGACUUUGGAUUUUCUUUGCGACGCACCACUAUGCUGGACCGCAGCCCUGACGGAGGAGUGUACAGGCGCGUGGUCCACUUUGCGGAGCCCGGUGCCGGCACCAAGGACCUGGCUCUGGGGUUGGUGCCUGGCGACAGGCUGGUGGAGAUAAACGGGCGCAACGUGGAGAACAAGAGUCGGGACGAGAUAGUGGAGAUGAUCCGGCAGUCUGGAGACACGGUGCGGCUGAAGGUGCAGCCCAUCCUGGAGCUGAGUGAGCUGAGCCGCUGCUGGCUGAGGAACACUGAGGGUCUUCGCAGGGAGGCCAGAUCUGUGAAGACUGAGGAGCAGAUUGCAGCUGAGCAGGCCUGGUAUGGAUCAGAGAAGGUCUGGCUGGUCCACAAGGAUGGCUUCUCCCUGGCCACCGUGGUGAAGACAGAGCCUGGCUCCCUGCCAGAGGGCAAGGUGAAAAUCAAACUGGAACAUGAUGGGACAAUACUGGAUGUGGACGAGGACGAUGUAGAAAAGGCCAACCCUCCAUCAUAUGACCGCUCAGAGGACCUGGCUUCACUGCUCUAUCUCAAUGAAUCCAGUGUGAUGCACAGCCUGAGGCAGCGCUACGGAGGAAACCUCAUCUACACCUACGCCGGAACCAACAUGGUGGUCAUCAACCCCCUCAGCACACCCUCCAUGUACUCUGAGAAGGUGAUGCACAUGUUCAAAGGCUGCCGGCGUGAGGACUCGGCUCCUCAUAUCUACUCUGUGGCCCAGUCGGCCUACCGCAACCUGCUCACCACCCGGCAGGAUCAGUCUAUUGUGUUGCUGGGCAAGUCUGGUAGCGGCAAGACCACCAACUGCCAGCACCUGGUCCAGUACCUGGUCUCCAUCGCUGGCAGCACGGGCAAAAUUUUCUCUGCUGAGAAGUGGCAGGCGGUCUACACCAUCCUGGAGGCUUUUGGUAACAGCCCCACUGCUAUGAACAGCAAUGCCAGCCGCUUCUCCCACGUAGUGUCCCUCGACUUUGAUCAGGCUGGGCAGGUGGCCUCCGCCUCCAUCCAGACGAUGCUGCUGGAGAAACUGAGAGUGAGCAGACGACCCGAGGCCGAGUCCACCUUCAAUGUCUUCUACUACAUGAUGGCCGGAGCUGACAGCACCCUGAGAACUGAGCUGCACUUUAACCACCUGGCUGAGAACAGUGCUUUUGGGAUUCUACCACAGACUAAGGCUGAAGAUAAACAGCGAGCCUUGCAGCAGUUCACAAAGCUGCAGGCAGCCAUGAAGGUGCUGGGCAUCUCUAGUGAAGAGCAGAAGGCCCUGUGGCUCAUCCUGGGGGCCAUUUACCACUUGGGGGCUGCAGGAGCCACUAAAGACGGAGAUGAAGCAGGUCGCAGGCAGUUUGCCCGUCAUGAAUGGGCCCAGAAGGCAGCCUACCUGCUGGGCUGCACCUUAGAGGAGCUGUCCUCCUCUAUCUUCAAGCACCAGACCAAAGGAUUGCAGCACUCCACCUCAUUCAGAGGAGGACCAGACGAGGCCGGUCAAGGAGACAGCUCAGGCUCCAAGGUGACAGCUCUGGAGUGUUUGGAGGCCAUGGCAUCAGGACUGUACUCAGAGCUCUUCACCCUUGUCAUCUCCCUCAUUAACAGGGCUCUGAAGUCCAGUCAGCAUUCUCUGUGCUCCCUGCUGAUCGUGGACACUCCAGGUUUCCAGAACCCUCGUCUGGCUCAGCAGCAGCGAGGAGCCACAUUCGAGGAGCUCUGUCACAACUACACUCAGGAGAGGCUGCAGACCCUGUUCCAUGAACGCACCUUUGUUCAGGAGAUGGAGAGAUACAAGGAGGAAAACAUAGAGCUUGCUUUAGAUGACAUAGAGUCCAGUACCUCACUGUCUGUAGCAGCUAUUGACCAGACCUCAGCUCAAGCUCUGGUUCGUACUCUGGCCAGGACUGAUGAAGCUCGAGGCCUCCUGUGGCUGAUGGAGGAGGAGGCAGUGCAGCCUGGAGGAUCAGAGGAAACCAUGCUGGAGAGGCUCUUCAGCUACUAUGGCUCUGCACAGGGAGAAAACAAGGCUGGGGCCAGUCUGCUGCUGCGAGGAGAGAAGCCCCACCUCUUCCUGCUGGGACACAGCCACGGGACAGACUGGGUGGAGUACAAUGCUCAGGGCUGGCUGAGCCAUGCCAAACACAACCCUGCUGCCCAGAAUGCUGCCAUGCUGUUGCAGGACUCCCAGAAGAAGAACAUCAGCGGGCUGUUUAUGGGCCGGGCCAGCGGGGCCACCGUGUUGUCGGGCUCCAUCGCCGGUCUGGAGGGCAGCUCCCAGCUCGCCCUGCGACGAGCCACCAGCAUGAGGAAGACCUUCACCACAGGAGUGGCUGCCGUCAAGAAGAAGAGCCUGUGUAUCCAGGUCAAACUCCAAGUGGAUGCUCUGAUUGACAUGGUGCGUCGGUCCAGGGUUCACUUCGUCCACUGCCUGCUACCCAAAGCGGAAGCAGUGGGAGGAGGAGGCGAGCCCCGCGUGACGCACGGAGAGAGCCCCGAUUCUGGCCUCAUGACUCUGGAUGUGGGCCUCCUGAGGGCUCAGCUGAGGGGAUCCAAGCUGCUGGAUGCAUUGCGCAUCUACAGACAAGGCUACCCGGACCACAUGGUGUUCUCUGAGUUCCGCAGGCGCUUUGAUGUCCUGGCGCCGCAUCUGACAAAGAAGCACGGCCGACACUAUAUUGUCACAGAUGAGAAGAGGGCGGUGGAGGAGUUGCUGGAGUCCUUGGAGCUGGAGAAGAGCAGUUACCACAUGGGGCUGAGCCGGGUGUUCUUCAGAGCAGGGACUCUGUCCAGGCUGGAGGAGCAGCGAGACGUUCAGACCAGAAGGAACAUCUCUCUGUUCCAGGCUGCCUGCCGGGGAUACCUGGCCAGACAGGCCUUCAAGAAGAGGAAGAUCCAGGAUCUGGCCAUCCGCUGCAUCCAGAAGAACAUCAAGAAGAAUCGGGGUGUCAAAGGCUGGCCAUGGUGGAAGGUCUUCACCACCGUCAGACCUUUGAUUGAGGUGCAGCUCACUGAGGAACAGAUCCGUGGCAAGGAUGAAGAAAUCCAGCAGCUGAAACAGAAGCUGGAGAAGGUGGAGAAAGAGAGAAAUGAACUGAGACUCAACAGCGACCGCCUAGAGAGCCGGAUCACAGAGCUAUCAUCAGAGCUGGCUGAUGAGCGGAACACCGGGGAGUCGGCCUCUCAGCUGCUGGAGACCGAAACUUCUGAGAGACUCCGCCUGGAGAAGGACAUGAAGGACCUGCAGGCCAAGUUUGACAGCAUGAAUAAACAGAUGGAGUCCAUGGAGAUGGAGGUGAUGGAGGCUCGACUCAUUAGGGCUUCGGAGCUCAACGGGGAGAUGGAUGAUGACGACACAGGAGGAGAGUGGAGGCUGAAGUAUGAACGAGCCAUCAGAGAGAUUGAGUUCACCAAGAAGAGACUGCAGCAGGAGUUUGAUGACAAGCUGGAGGUGGAGCAGCAGAACAAACGGCAGCUGGAGAGGAGGAUCAGUGACAUGCAGGCAGAUAACGAGGAGUCCCAGCGAAACAUCCAGCAGCUGAAGAAGAAAACCCAGAGACUGACGUCUGAACUGCAGGACACCAAACUUCAUCUAGAGGGCCAACAGAGCCGCAACCACGACCUAGAGAAGAAGCAGAGGAAGUUUGACAGCGAGCUGAGUGGAGCCCAGGACGAGGUGCAGAGGGAGAAGACCCUGAGGGAGAAACUGGCCCGAGAGAAAGACAUGCUGACGGGAGAGGCCUUCAGCCUCAGGCAGCAGCUGGAGGACAAGGACCUGGAAGUGUGUGCGGUCAACCUGAAGCUGGACCAGCUGGAGACCGAGCUGCAGGACCUCAACUCCCAAGAGUCCAAGGAUGAGGCUUCGCUGGCCAAGAUGAGGAAGCAGCUUCGUGACAUGGAGGCCAAGGUGAAGGACCAGGAGGAGGAGCUGGAUGAGCAGGCCGGCACCAUCCAGAUGUUGGAGCAGGCCAAGCUGCGUCUUGAAAUGGAGAUGGAGCGUUUGCGUCAAACCCAUUCCAAGGAGAUCGAGGGCAAAGACGAUGAAGUGGAAGAGAUCAGACAGUCCUGCAGCAAGAAGUUGAAGCAAAUGGAGGUCCAGCUUGAAGAGGAGUAUGAUGAGAAGCAGAAGGUGCUGAAAGAGAAGAGAGAGCUGGAGUCAAAGCUUCUGACCGCCCAGGACAAGGUGAGAGGUGGUGACAUGGAGACUGAGAAGCGUCUGAGGAAGGACCUGAAGAGAACCAAGGCUCUGCUGGCCGACGCCCAGAUCAUGUUAGACCACAUAAAGAACAACGCACCCAGCAAGAGGGAGAUCGCCCAGCUCAAGAACCAGCUGGAAGAGUCUGAGUUCACGUGUGCAGCUGCAGUUAAAGCUCGUAAGUCCAUGGAGGUGGAGAUUGAAGACCUGCACGUUCAGAUGGAAGACAUCUCCAAAACCAAACAGGCGCUGGAGGAGCAGCUGAGUCGUCUGCAGAGAGAGAAGAAUGACCUGCAGUCCAGGAUGGAGGAGGACCAGGAGGACCUGAAUGAGCUGAUGAAGAAACACAAAGCUGCUGUGGCUCAGUCGGCACAGAACCUGGCUCAAAUCAGUGACCUCCAAGCCCAGCUGGAGGAUGCCCUCAAGGAGAAGCAGGAGGUGCAAGAGAAGAUGCAAGCCCUCCAGAGCCAGCUGGAGUUCCAGGAGCAGUCCAUGGUGGAGAAAUCCACGGUCAGCCGGCAAGAGGCCAAGAUCCGCGAGCUGGAGUCCAAGCUAGAGUUUGAGAAGACCCAGGUCAAACGCCUGGAGAGCCUUGUAGCUCGUCUUAAGGAGAACCUGGAGAAACUGACAGAGGAACGGGACCAGCGCAGCAGCAGUGAGAACCGUGAGAAGGAACAGAACAAACGUAUGCAGAGACAGAUCCGCGACAUCAAAGAGGAGAUGGGGGAACUGGCCAAAAAGGAAAGCGAGGCCAGCCGCAAAAAACAUGAGCUGGAAAUGGACAUUGAGAGCUUAGAGGCGGCUAAUCAAAGCCUGCAGGCAGACCUCAAACUAGCCUUCAAAAGGAUCGGCGACCUCCAGGCUGCCAUUGAGGAUGAGAUGGAGAGUGAUGACAAUGAAGACCUUAUCAACAGUCAAGGGGAAUCAGACACAGACUCUGAGUUGGAGGAUCGUGUGGAUGGAGUGAAGUCCUGGUUGUCCAAAAGCAAAGGUUCUACCAAGAACCUCUCAGAUGAUGGCAGCCUGAAAAGUUCCAGCCCCCCUGGCAGGAGACGCUACUGCUUCGAUAGAUCUGAUGAAGAGCAAGAGGAAGAAGAGAAAGAGGAGGGCGGGGCGACCCAGGGCUCCUACUACUCCCGAUACAAAUACAGUAGUAAUCUGAAAGACGAUGAUGGAGAGGACGGGCCUUAUGAGACAGCAUCGUAGUCCUCGCUGUUGGCACACACAGCUACGCACCCUCAUUCACCUGUGGCAGUUUGUCUUGCAUGCAAAGUUGACUGCAGCUGUGGUCAGUUGGACACAACCACACAAAUACUCACAACCCUAGAGGAAAACAUUGACAUUCAAAUACUGUAACACUCCUGUCAUAGCUUCCAAACAGGCAGAUCCAAACAGGCUUUGGUCAUAGUUUAAAAACUACAGUCUAAAUUAGCACUCAUCAGUCUAACCUCACUGCACACACUGCAGCUCCAUUUUUACCAAUCCACUCUGCUGGUUGCAUGCAAGCUGCAGUUGCUUGGCUUGAGCAGCCAUCCUGUUUAACCUCCAUCAUGGUUGUAACUGAGCCAAAGAACUUGAGGUUGCAAUGAUAAUAGAUCCUCUCUUUCUCUCUUUGUCACUCUCUCUCUCUCUCUUCUUUACAUAUAGUACACCAUAAUAGUAUGUUUCACCAUAGUACAAUGUAUUGCCAAAAAGCCUUUGUUCCAAGUAUGUGUGUACACUGUUCUUGUUAUUGCCAAUUGAUGCUGAAUCCUGGGAAAGGUCCCAGUUCUUUUUUUUUCUUCUCUUUUUCGGGACAAGUGCCAUUUGAUUUAAGUGGGCUCCUCUACAGCUGGCUUCUCUGCAGCUGGGCUGUUUCAUGAACUUCUGCAGCAUACACUGAAGACGCUCUCAUCAUCAUCUGCUCGCUUUUUGUUUUCCUGAAAGUUUUUUUUUUUCUGCCUUUUGCCGGCAAAUGAUCUCUUCUUUACAGGGGAAAAGGAUUGCAUUACUAACUGCUCUGCAAUAAAAGCACAGCAUUUUUCUCUUUUUGAGUCUUUUGUUUUUGAUGUUUGACAGAUUUGUUUUGCAGAGGACUGCAGUCAAGCAAAAUCAUUUCCAUGAGGUUUGAGCAUAUAGCACCUCUGUGAAAUGUCUUAUUUUUAUUUUGACUUGAUAUGAUUAAGUACUCACCGGAAUUACUUUAGUGAUGAAACAACUUUGUGCUUGUCGCUUUUCAGUUUGAUGUGCUUUUCCUUUCCAAAGGGAAUGUACUUGACAAUGGGCACCAGUCAUUUGUUGCUUUCUCCCCAAAAACCACUGAGCAGAUGGUACCCUCAACCAGCAUGUUAAAGGAGAAAGCUGGCGUUACACUAUCAUUUUCAUAUUGUCAACAUUUCCCAUGGAGACCAAAACCAACAUUGUGUCUUCUUGACCUUUGGGAACAGUAUUACCUUCAGAGGCAGCUGGAUUUCCAAGAUCAAAAGAUCACGCUAGAAUCCAUCUUGUCAGUCUUCAAGUUAUUUGCUUGUGCCCCGAACCACUGGUGGUUCGGACCAAUCAGUGUCAUGAAUCCAGCUGCCUCACAAGGUAUGACGGUCAUAGACGAUGAUGUACAGAUGGUUCAUCUACCUACCAAUUUUUUUUUUUUUUAAGUUUUCCAAAUAAAGUUUCCAUGGACAACUUCUCAGAUGGCUCUGGGACAUCGGGUUAGGAAAUGUAAGUGUAACAAAAUAAUGUAAAAACACCCCACAAAUAUUUAGUUUCAUUUUUAUAAAGGCUCAGUAAUUUCCUAAAAAAGCUGCUCAUUGUAGGUUUUAACAUUACUCAACAAGAGGAAGUAAUGCAUUUGUUGAGGACUAUUUUCAGCAGCAGACUAAAGGGAUGCUCACAUCAAACACAGUGAAGUUCAACCAUGUUUCAUCGCUUAAAUAGGUUAUAAAUAGGUAAUAGUCUGGAAGCUUGGUGAUGUAGGGCACAGCAAGGUUAUGUAAAAGUGGAUACGGCAACACAGCAAAUACAGCUGUUAGUUUAAAAAAAAUCUAGUUUGAACUAACAUGUAGCCUAUUCAAAUGAAUAACCUACAUUGUUGAAUUAACAUUCUUUUGAACCCUGGUGUCUCCCCAGCUUCACUUCAGAAACAAACUGUUAUUGUUGUGGAAAUAGAUUUAACCAAAGUCAGCAAACAAAAUCCAAAAAUGCUAGUUUGCUAGCUAGUUUUUUUUUAUGCCAGUGUUAGCAUAAACAUACUACAUCCGCCUAGCUUACAGAUAGGGCAACAGGGCAUGCAGUAGAUCAGACCAAGACAUGACCUGUUGCCUUUUUACAUUGAAUUGAAUUUGAACAGAUCAUUACAGAUUUAUUUCAUUUCCUCCCACGUCUCACAUCUUCUGAAUUUAACAGCUUAGUUCACCAACUUGACUUGCACCUCUGCUAAUCACAGCAUUUACUAUGAAAUGAAUGAAUUCCGUUUCACAGAAUUUAUGUUUUCAUGGGAUUUGUUGACAAUAAGAAAAAUGUAUACUAUCACCAGCCUUAGUCUUUAAAGCCUCUCUGGGUACUUAAACUGUAACUGCAUUAACUGGACACACUACAGCCUGUUUAACUAAAACUGUGAAAUACUGUUCGGUGUCUUUUGAGGCCUGUUUGUCUGUCAGGUUGUCUUUUAUUCUUAACCCUGUAAACAGCAUGGAAACAGAAACCUGCAUUGUCAAGGUUGCUUAAGUGUUACAUCGCACCCUUUGGUCCUCUGUCUGGUAUUUACUAAGUUGUAUUAAGAUAUUUGAAAGCCAUUUAAAGUCCAGAAGAACUUGACAUGGCUAUUUGGAGCUGAAAAAUGUUGUGGAUGUCCUUCAUUGUGGGAGAAGUUGGGUGUGAUUGUAUUAUACAUGCUUUUUGUAGACUCGUGUUUUCAUUUUUAUUCUCUAUGCAGUCAACACAAGUGUGGAAAUGUGUUUUUUGACCUUAUUGGCCCUGAUAAAAGUGUCUGGCUUCAUAAGACAAAACUAAAGAGCAGACUGCACACAGUAUUUAUAUAUAAAUAUGUGUAUGAUUAAUGCUAGCUUUGAAAAUAGUUCAUGUUUAUUUUCAUUAUUGAACAAAUUGACCACUUGUUAUAAAUUUUGCAUUACAGUUUAAUAUAUUGUAAAUAAAUGAUGGUGAUUGUUUUAGAAUGC